AUGGAAAUUGUUUGGGAGGUGCUUUUUCUUCUGCAAGCCAAUUUCAUUGUCUGCAUUUCAGCUCAGCAGAAUUCACCAAAAAUCCAUGAAGGCUGGUGGGCUUAUAAGGAGGUGGUCCAGGGAAGCUUUGUUCCAGUUCCUUCCUUUUGGGGUUUGGUGAAUUCAGCCUGGAACCUUUGCUCCGUUGGAAAACGGCAGUCACCAGUCAAUAUAGAAACCAGCCAUAUGAUCUUUGACCCCUUCCUUACCCCACUUCGGAUAAACACAGGGGGUAGAAAGGUCAGUGGAACAAUGUAUAAUACAGGGAGGCAUGUUUCUCUACGACUGGAUAAAGAACAUUUGGUGAACAUCUCCGGAGGGCCCAUGACAUACAGUCACCGAUUGGAAGAAAUACGGUUACACUUUGGCGGUGAAGACAGCCAGGGAUCAGAACAUCUGUUGAACGGACAAGCUUUUUCUGGGGAGGUUCAACUAAUCCACUAUAACCAUGAGUUAUAUACAAAUGUCACAGAAGCUGCAAAAAGUCCCAAUGGCUUGGUGGUAGUUUCUAUAUUUAUGAAAGUAUCUGAAUCAUCAAAUCCAUUUCUAAAUCGUAUGCUUAACAGAGACACCAUAACAAGAAUAACGUAUAAAAAUGAUGCAUACUUACUGCAGGGACUUAAUAUUGAGGAACUUUAUCCUGAAACCUCUAGUUUCAUUACAUAUGAUGGGUCCAUGACAAUCCCACCCUGCUACGAAACAGCAAGUUGGAUACUAAUGAACAAACCUGUCUACAUAUCAAGAAUGCAGAUGCAUUCACUACGGUUACUAAGCCAGAAUCAGCCUUCACAGAUUUUUCUGAGUAUGAGUGAUAACUUCAGACCAGUCCAGCCUCUCAACAAUCGAUGUAUCCGAACAAAUAUCAACUUUAGUUUACAAGGGAAAGAUUGCCCAAACAAUAGAGCACAGAAACUACAAUAUAGAGUAAAUGAAUGGCUCCUGAAGUAA